AUGCUGAAUGUCAUAAAAAAUGCUGUAAGAGUAUCAGCUUUACGGUGUAUUCAUUCAACCGCUCCGCAAGCGACAGAAAAGUUUGAUCAUAAAAGAAUCCCUGCUGAUGAUGAAGGAGUCCAGGGCGAGAAAAUAGUCGACUUAGAUUCUGUUUUAAAGUUGAAACAAAAUAUAUUCCCGACACUGGAAUCCGACAGUCUUCUCUUUGGUGGUGUUCCAUACAAAGAUCUGCCUAUAUGCAACAUCAGAGUCACCCACAACAAUACAGUUUUCACAGUGACAGACUCAGCAGGAUUAGUAAAGCUUACAAGGUCCUGUGGUAUGGAAGGUUUUAAAAAUACAAAGAAAGGAACAAAUAUUGCUGCACAAACUACUGCAAUCAGUAUUGCCACAAGAGCCUUAGAUAAAGGGUUCAAAACUGUCAGAGUAAGAGUAAGAGGCUUGGGUCCAGGAAGACUGUCUGCAGUAAAAGGUUUACAGAUGGGAGGCUUGGACAUAGUGUCUAUAACUGAUAACACAUAUGUGUCUUGGAAUCCACCCCGCCCAAGGAAAGCUAGGAGAUUGUAA